AUGGACGUCUACAUUUCUCUUUUUAAGGGUGAAAUCUUCAUAUGCAAACUUGAUCUGGACAAGCGCUUUAAGAUAUUACCUGAUUCAUCACUCAGUAUAAGGAAUGUCUCUUUGUCUGACUCCGGGGUUUAUUACUGUAAGGAUUUCCCAAUGGUCAAUUUGACCAUCACACCAUUAUCUGCCGUGUUUAACCAGACUCGUACAGAAGGGAACAACUUCAUGCUCUACUGUCACAGCAUGGAAAGCGCUUUCUGGACCAAAGGCACCAAUGACAAGAGCUAUGAUGUCAUUUUUGCUCAAGAUAAACAACACACCGUCGUGUACAGACGUGACCCAGACAAACGUUAUGUUAUAUUACCUGAUUCAUCACUUGUUAUAAGGAAUGUCUCAGUGUCAGACUCUGGGAUUUACUACUGUAGGCAUUCUCCAGCGGCCAAUCUGACCGUCUUCCCGCAGAAAGGUGGAGUGAGUGAGGUUGAGCGAGGGCUGAUGUUUGGUGGUGUUGGUUUGGCGUUUCUGUUCUUUCUCCUGGCCACAGUCGCUGCAGGCAGAGCGAUCCUCUGUGGAUCCUGGCAGGUCGGACGAGACAUUGAUCAGAGAAGAAGCUGAACUGCUACAGCUUCUUUAAUCAGGCGAAGAAUUUUAGAAGAUCAGUAAUUUAUUAAUAUGCACCACUGAUUCCAAUGCUUUCUUUAAUUUUUUUUUUACGUUUUUUAUAAUACAAAAAUGUCGGUAAUGUUCCAUAAAAACUAUUAAAUUCUCUCUUUUUUUAAGUAUUUUUUUUAAUAAGUCCCUUCUUCUGCCUAAUUUUGCAUGAAAUAAACUCCACAAGUUUCUUAACAGCUGCAGCAGCACCCUGACCCUCAGCAAAGAUCUCUGGGGAAAAGGGGAGGAGUUUGUGUGAGGUAGGAGACGUCAUUUAUCCAGUCACGAUCAGAAAGAGUCAGUAUGAAGAUUAGAGCUAAAGUUUAACAUUGAGCUGCUUCUCAUCCAUCUCCAAUAGGGUUUUAAUUCUACACACUGCUGAUGUUUCUGUAUUUCCUCUCGUCACUGUGCUGUUGCUCUUCCUGUAGUUUCUGCUGAAAUAAAGAUGAGUUUUGGA